AUGGUGGGGGUACCGCACAGUACUGGUUGUUCUCUCUGUCGCGACAGACACAUCAAGGCAAGUUUUAGGCAACACAGGGCAAUUCAGUGCGACGAAGCAGUCCCCGAAUGCACUCAAUGCCAGCGAUACGGCCGUACCUGUCCGGGAUAUCGUCGCACAUUUCGCUUCCAAGAUGAGGGCCCAAGUUUGGCUCGACGCCAUCGUGGUCCACGACGACGUGGCCGCGGGGCUUCAACGGGGCCCACCACGCCAAGCACAGUCGCUUCGGCCUCAACGUCAUCCUCACGGGAACCUCUUGAUGCCGUUGAUAGCUCCGGUUCUGGCUCUGGCUCUAUCGACUACGACGCUGGCGUCGCUGCAAUUGUGCGCGAUAAUGCAAUAGCUCUGAUGCGCCGACAUUCUGCCUCUGUUUCACUCGAUGAAAGUGUCUCGCCGUCGCUGGUGCGCAAAACAGUCCAAGCAGCGCAACCACAAUUAUUUUUGGAUUUCAUCAGCACCUCAUUUCCCACGCUUUAUUUUCACAAUCAUUUUCGUGCUGGAAAUGAGCCUGGCUUCGCUGAAUUCAUCGUCCUCAAUUUUGGCCAAGAUGCCUUUAUGGAUUCCGCUAUUUGCUGCUUGAGUUCUGUAUAUCUUGCUCACCUCUCACAAGACCCAGUUCUUCUGAGAACAAGUCGUCGCAUGUAUAGUGUUUCUUUACAGGCAGUUGUUCGCGCUCUGAAUAAUCCCGACCGAGCCAUGUCCGAUAAUAUGGUUUGCACGGCCAUGAUGCUGAGUGUGUUUGAAAUGUACGCGCAAACCAGCCCCGGUGCCUGGGUGAUUCAUUCAGACGCCGUGAGGCGACUGAUGAUCAGCCGUGGACCUGCACUGCACGAAUCUGGAUUCGGCCGGUCAUGCUAUAUCGCAUUUCGGGGCUUUCAUGUCGCAACGGCUGUCUACCAAGGCACACCCUGUUUUCUGGACCAAGAAGUGUGGCAGAACUAUGCCCGGAAAAUUAUGGCCGAAGAUGCACAAAAGCCCGGGGAGUGGUCUGCAUACGCAGUGACCUCGGACAAAGUCUUCAUGGAGAUUGUCAAAUGUCCGAGAUAUAUCAGUGAAGCUCAGGAAAUCCUCUCUGGUCGGACAGAGUGGGAACAAGAUAUCGUCGAACCUCUUCUGAACCGGAUCCAUAGCACCUCUCGAAAACUACACAAUCUCAACACCAAGUUGCGUGCUUGUAUCAGCGCCCAUGGUCAGCGCCAGCAAGGUAUUGUACGACGACCGGAGAGUUUUGUUGGUCCUGUGCCUGAGAUUUUCCCAGAAACGGGUCCAUCCUUGCUUCUUCGCGGAUCAGAAAGCAUCCUCGAGGCCCUUGGUCAAGUUCACGAUCGCAUCGAAGAUCAAAAGCGCAGUCGCACUAUCGAAGAGCUCUCUUCGGAUUCUGCAAUUGCAACACCAAGUGAUGCUAGCGUUGACACUCCAUCACCGCCAGCAAAAAAUCCGAAGACAUUCACCCUCCCUUUCCGUAUAUACUCCGAACUCGGUCGAGGUCCUUCCCAAACAUCCGAUCGAAAUGAUCCACGCGCCGUGAUUUGGCUAGACCGCGUCGCUUCCUCGAUGGGGAUGAUGGGUGUCAAGUUAGAAGAGUCCGUCAAGCGUGUUGAAGAAGACACCUCAGCUGAAACAUCGUCAUCGUGCUGA